AUGUCAUAUGGAUGGUUAACUGAAAGUACUCUUUACAAGAAAAAAGAAGAAAUUAUAGAAUUAAGUAAAGAUAAAUUAUCCAAUGAAAAUAAACAUAAUAAGAAAAAUGAAAAUAGUAUUGAUAAAUUAAAUUCUAUUGUCGAUUCAUAUCUUCAAAAUAUCAAACAAAAUAAAAAAAAUGAAAUAGGAAAGAAAAAGCUAAGUUAUCAUGAAAAAUUAUACAAAGACAAAAAUGAAGGGGUUGACAAACGAAUUGAACAAGAUAAAAAAAGCCUAUCAAUUAAAAAACAAAUAAAUAAAAAAAAAAAAAAGUAUCAAGAGCUUAAACAAAAACGGUGUAAUGAUAUCAACUGUCUAGUAAAUUUUGAAGCAAAACAACAAGCCGAAUGCGAACUAGAAGAGAUAAGAAAAUUAAAAGAAAUGGAAAGGGAAAAAAAGAAAUAA